AAACAGAGAGCGAAAGGGAGAAGGAGAUUGAGAGAGCGAGAGGGAGAGACAGAUCGAGAGAGAUAUCUAUUUUCGGAAACCCAAAAACAAAUCGACCUCGGCGGCUCCGUCCACCAUUCGGCUUCUCCGGCCACCAUUGAGCAUCUUCAGGGGAUGAAGAUAUUAGAAGCGAAUGCAGGUGCGCUUACGAAUUACGAAGUAGUAGACUUUUUGCGCUCAAAAGGGGCUGCUAACGAUUCCACUCGUGUUCUUGCUCAAGUUUCUCCUUCCGAAUACAAGGUGUAUGAUUAUUUGGUCCAGACUGCUGCUUGCAAUCAAACCAGAGAGCAUAUCAAUGAGUUCGUUGACAAGUGUAAAAUCUAUGGCCUUGCAAAGGCUGAGGUCCUUAAUAUCAUCAACAUUAGGCCUACUUCUAUCAUUGAUAUUUAUACGAUUAUAGAGGAAGGUGAGACGCGUUUUGGAGAUGAGACGCGUUUUGGAGAAGUAAGUAAAGAGCUAGCUGAGUUGGUGGAAAAAACGUUGCCCCCACCUCGAACUGAUCCAGAAUCUGAAGCAGGGAUCAACGAGGGUAAAGAAGAAACUGAAAAUGAGGAACACAACGUAGAAACUAAGGGUGAGGAACAAACUAAAGAAGGGAAUGAUGAUGGCAAAGAAGAAACUGUAGUUGGGGAAUUAAUGGAUACAAGUUGAGGCCGUAUCUGCCCGACUGUUGAACUAGAAACUAAUAAAGAUUCAACAGAUAUGAGUACAUCUGCUCAAUAUUAAUAUGAUGACCAUGCUAGUUAUUAAAGGAGCUUUAGUUGAGGAUUUUGUAAUUAGAAACUUCUCUAGUUGGGUUUCGUUUAUAGAUGAGUUUUGCAUUAGCAAUUAUUCC